CAGAGUUGAAAAAGCCGGAAAUUAAAAUCGAAGAAGAAAAGUCUAGUCCUGAGUCUGCAGAUACCAAAUCACCAUCUUUAUCGCCGCCGGAUCAACCUCCACCGGAAAAACCUAUGUCUGUAAAUACAAACGACAAAGUCUCCCAGUCAUUAUCGGUUAGCAAGACACCCGCGAUUACUCCAACUAAUUCACAAUUCAAGCUCAAUGUGCGGGCAUCAGAAUGGAGACCUAAUCCGAAUGCAGCGACUUUCACUCCGACUACACCAACAUCAAGUACCGGUGAUAAGAGGUCGCCCGGAUCUUCACCAUUUUUCGGAAACAGGCAAUUAAAAAAGAGCCCAGUAUCAUUAAAGGACAGUUUUAGUCCAUUUCAAAAAGGGAAAUUACCAAAUCCAAGUACAAUUCCACCAACUUGGCCAUUUGGUGCAAGACCGUUUAGACAUCAAUUCACGGUUACUAAUGCUUUUGAGGAUGAUAUUUAUAAUCAAGCUGCAAUGACUCAAAGCUUUGGUUUUACGUACCCGGUGGCUCCUCCGUUCAGGUAUCCCGCUGCCGCUCAAUAUGUAAGCGUACCACCUCUUACGAUGCAACAAGCUGCCCCCAUGCCUUAUAUGCAACCUAGCUUUGUUCCUAGUGUGCCUUUCACAACGCCACCAAUCCCUGCCGCUAAUGGUGCUCCUCCAACCAUGUAUAAUCCUCAAAUGUCAUCGGUUAUGCCUCCACAGCAUUUCAAUCCACAAGGAUUCCCAUCACCUGGGCGAUCUCCGAUGGUUCCUGCUGGCAUGCAUCCACAAAUGUAUUAUCAGAAUCCUCAUGCUAUGCCUCCAAUGAUGCGCUAUCCUCAUGACGGUAUUCCGGUUCAUGUUCCACCGAAUGGAGUGAUGAUGAGCCAACGACCAAUGAUGAUGGAACCGCAUUAUGUUCAACAACCCGAAACUCCGAUGGGUAACAAUUAA